AUGGGUAGACUCGUCGUAUACGUUUCUGGGUUGCCGAAGGACACCAGUUUGGCCGAAGUGGCCGAAGUGUUUAAGAAGGCGGGGCUCAUAAAGAUUGACCCACUUACAACUCUUCCUAAGAUUAAAUUGUACACCGACGAGAACGGCGACCUAAAGUCGGAUGGCACUGUAACGUUCGUAAAUAAGGAAUCGGUGGAAUUUGCACUAAGAUACUUGGACAACUACCACUUCCGAGAAAACUGUGUAAUUCACGUUGAACCGGCUAAGUUUGAACCAAGAUCCAAUCAGCAAAACAAGCCAGUCCCAGCAUCCGUUAAAUCAGAACUCCGUAAAAAAUACUUGGCUGCCAAGUAUGAGGAGGAAAGACUCAAGAGCUGGUCUGACAACCUGGAUGAUGGCACUGGGCGCAGAAUCGUGAUAUCGAAGCCCAUGUUCUCGAUGGAGGACGCCAUGGAAAUCAAGAAGUACGUCGAGGUCGAGAAGGUCACGCCGAUCGCAAGGCACCCUCAGGGCGUCGUCUGCAUCAAGUUCAAAAACUCCCUGGACGCCGAAGUCUUCAUAUCGAAAUUCAACAACCGCCUGUUUGACGGCAGGAGUCUGGAGGUCUACUUUUUUGACGGAAAGACCGACCUACAGGCGCAAGCCUUUCCCAGCAGGACUGCUAAGAAGCCAGAGCCUGAACCUGAUCUAAAGAAGGACGACGAUUUCAAACGCGAUUGGAUCGAGGAGCAGAGCAGUGACGAGGAGUUUGAAAUAAGAACUGAGUAG